AUUUCGUUAGAUAAAAUGCAUCUCUCUCUGGAUCAGAUUUAAAAAAAUGCUCAAUUUUACUGAAGUGACAGAAUUUAUUCUUUUGGGAUUAACUAGUCAUCCUGAAUUGCAACUCCUUUUCUUUGUGGUUUUGUUACUGGUCUACAUUAUCACACUGGUUGGGAACAUUGGUAUGAUCAUAUUAAUCAGUAUCAGCCCCCUGCUCAGCAGCCCCAUGUACUUUUUCCUCAGUCACUUGUCUUUUGCUGAUGUGUGGUUCUCCUCUAAUGUCACCCCUAAAAUGUUGGAAAACUUGAUAUCCGAAACCCAAACCAUUUCCUAUCCUGGUUGUAUAGUGCAGUGUUUCUUUUUCAUUGCCUUUGUCCACAAAGAAGUGUUCAUCCUCUCUGUGAUGGCCUUUGAUUGAUACACGGUGAUUGGCAACCCUCUCUUAUAUGGCAGCAGAAUGUCAAGGACUGUCUGUAUUCGACUGAUCUCCUUUCCUUAUAUACACGGCUUCUUCAUUAGUCUGAUCUCAACACUCUGGACCCAUGGUUUGUACUUCUGUGGGAACACUGAGAUCAACCACUUCUACUGUGCAGACCCAGCUCUCAUCAAAACGGCACGUGCAGGGACCUUCAUUAAAGAAUACACCAUGUGCACAUUAGCAAGUCUCAACUUCUCUUAUUCCUUAUUGGUCUUUAUUGUCUCCUACAUAUUUAUCCUGAUUGCCAUCUUAAAAAUGCGUUCAACAGAAGGAAGAAAGAAAGCCUUCUCCACGUGUGGGUCCCACCUGACAGCUGUCACCAUAUUUUAUGGAACUCUCUUCUUCACGUAUCUUAGAAGCCCAACUGAGGAGUCCGUGGAGCAGGAAAAAAUGGUGGUUGUGUUUUACACCACAGUGAUUCCUAUGUUGAACCCCUUGAUCUACAGUCUCAGGAACAAGGAUGUGAAGGAGGCCAUGAGCAAAGCAAUCAAUAGAACAUUUUUAACUAAAUAAAAUAAAAAUUUUUUGAUGUAUGAUGAGAUCCAUAGUCCA